ACAUAGCUCCAAAACAAUGAGCUAGAUAAGGAGAUAAAUCCUAUCUUCUUCCUGAAACUGGCUAAUGGGCAAUCUUUACAAACAUUCAAACUAUUUCAUUCAAUAUGACACUAAUAAGGACAUGGGGCAAAGCCUGAAUGAGUGAGGAUGCUUAUCAUGGAUGUGUUGAAUUGAUUAGUUCAAUUAAUGCAAUUUACAGACUGUUUAUUGUAUUGUAGAGAAGGCUGUACAGAUUACAGUUAGAUACUAGUGUAUGCUUGUAAGAUGUUUAAAAAUCUUCAUAUUUAGAUGGUAAAACAAUAUCUAUAGAUGUAUAGUCAUGUGGUAAACCUUUUUUGGUGGAGGAGUGGAAGAAAAACAAGUUCAAUGUAGAUGUGAUCAGUAAAAAAAAAUGUGUAAAUGAAAGAUAUUAUCUAGGUGGAGUGUACAUAGAAGUUUUUCUGCUAACCAGUUGCCAUUUCUUAUCUAGUUUUUUCACAAAUGCCACAUCAUUUGACACAUAUAUACCAAAACUUUCUAUAUUGAUAACUGGGAUAGCAAACACUGGAUUUUCACAUUAAUAUGGUCUGGCCCGAUAUGUAAUGAUCAACUAUUUGUACACAGCUUCCAAAUUUGUAAAAAUGAAAGAAUUGUAGCGUACUAGUGAUUAGGGUUGUAAUGAAAACAUGACUUUUUUCAACACAGCCUCUUAUGCAUCUUCACAUAAUAUUUGAGAGUUGCUUGAAGCUUCUCUAAUGAGAAAUAUAUGGUGCUUCUAGAGGGAGUUAAUUUGAUGAGUGAAACCAGCAAUAUGUUCUGUCUAGCCUUUCUUGUUAGUAAUAUUAGCACCGAUGUGUGAGCUCAGAUUUAAGAAUGUACUGACUUAGGUUGCCGGAUUAUGUCUCUUUAUACUGUUAAGGGAGGAAAGGCAGAGAGAGAGAAUCAUUUACUUUUGUCAUUCUUAUCAGUUAGGAUUUGUCUGCAUGCAAAUGAGUUUAGUUAAAGCAGUACAAACCCUUACUGUGGGUACUUUUGUUUUUGUUAAAAACUGGCUAUAUCUGUUCAACUCCCCUCCAGAAAUUUACAGUAUGAACCAGAUUUAAAUUGACUUUAUCAUCUUCAGUGAUUGAAAACCUGUUUAAAAUUACACCUUUACACUGGUGCAACCUUGUAUGUAGCUCAGACCAAUGCAAUGUUCAUAGGGCAGAAGUUUCAAGCUUGUCAUUCCUACAGGUCACCAGCAGGUUGUAUAAAGUCUUUCCCUCAUCCCCCACAAAGAUGCCAGAAUGGAUCUCAGAGUUGAAGCACAUUUAUUAAACACCUUUUAGCAUGAGCAGUCAUGUGCUUUCUUCUACAUUGCAGCUUUAUUUAAACACAAUAAAGUGUAUUGGUUUAAUGAAAGGUUAAUUCUAAAUCAGUCCUGAAAGCCUGGUGCAACUUCCUAUUGAUACAUUUUCAUUUAAAACUUACCAGUUUAGUUUAUACCUGUAAAUUUACCAGUCAAAGUAAGCCAGCAUGGUCCAAGUUAAACAAGUAUGUAUUUCUAUUCAAAGUUGCAGUAGUAUAAUAAAUAGUUUGGAACAACAUUUUUUAAUUCAAUUAGUGCAACUUUGUUUAGAUUAGGCUUAUAUUAUCACAGUGCCUCAGUCCUGACACCAAAGGUACUAGUGGAGUGAGUAGCUGUAUACAUACUGGUUUGGUCCUUGACUCUUCUGCUUUAACUGCGAAUAAAGGUGCUAACUAUCAGUGGGUGACCUGAUAUGAUUGUGUGCUCGCUAGGAUCUAGAGUAGAAUUCAUGACUUCAACUGUCUUGUACAUCAAUUUGUGAUAGUUGCUUUUAAAACUGAAAAUUUGUGUGAUCAAAAAUGUCUUGAAUAACUUCCAACUUGUGCUGUACCUUAGGCUGAUCUUUUUCUUUUUUUUCUUAGUUUGCAGGUCAAAAUGUCUCAGACAGAAAAUAGUUAGGCUCACAAAAUACAUCAUCCUAUCUCGUCUCUAGCAUUUCAGUAUUAAAAAUGGAUAAGUGUAAACACGUAGGAAGGCUGCGGCUUGCCCAAGACCAUUCCAUCCUGAACCCUCAGAAAUGGCAUUGUGUGGACUGCAAUACUACAGAAUCUGUAUGGGCAUGCCUCAGCUGUUCCCAUGUGGCAUGUGGAAGAUAUAUUGAAGAGCAUGCACUAAAGCACUUUCAGGAAAGUAGUCAUCCUGUGGCAUUGGAAGUAAAUGAGCUGUAUGUUUUCUGUUAUCUUUGUGAUGACUACGUUCUGAAUGAUAAUGCCACUGGUGACUUAAAACUGUUGAGAAGUACAUUAAGUGCAAUCAAGACUCAAAACUAUGACUGCACUACCCGUAGCGGCCGGACUUUGCGAUCCAUGGGAGCAAGUGAUGAUUCGUACCUUUCACAUGAUUGUGCCCAAGCUUUGCUUCAUAAUGAAGACCGCAUGUUCACGGCUUUGUGGCACAGGAGGCGUUCAUUAAUGGGCAAAGUAUUCAGAACAUGGUUUGAGCUAACGCCUCCUGGAAAAAGGAUUUUGGAAGAAGAAAGACAUCGGGAAGAGGCAGAGGAAAAGAGGGAUAGAGCUCGGAAGAGAAGACAAGAGCGAAAGCGUCAGUUGAAAGCAGAGAUGGAAAAAAUGCCUCCAAGAAAGAGUACUCGUUUACAAAAUCGAAGUCAAAUCUCAAAAGUACCAUCCUGCGUACAAAAAGUACAAUAUGAUCUGGACUUGCCUGCAGAGCUGAAAGGAACACAUACCUCAGAUGAAGUAAAACUGAAAAAAAUCAGUGACUCCCCAAUUAAACGAAGGUCUACGGUGACUCCUGGUAUAACAGGACUGAGAAACUUGGGAAAUACGUGCUACAUGAACUCUAUUCUGCAAGUACUGAGUCAUUUACUUAUUUUUCGGCAAUGUUUUUUAAAGCUUGAUUUGAACCAAACUCAGGAGUUGCUGGCAACAGCAGUCAAUGGUAAAACAAGGUCUUCUAAGAAGUACUCUCUGGUUAUUGGCUCUGUGUUUCAUGUGAAUGAGAAUCAAGAGAAGGUGAAAGGCUCAUCUUCAAGGCGACCUAGUUUAUCCUCUGGACUAAGUGGGGGGGCAUCAAAAAGUAGAAAUAUGGAACUUAUACAGCCCAAGGAGCCAAGCUCAGAGCACAUAUCUCUUUGUCAUGAACUACAUACUCUGUUCCAAGUUAUGUGGUCUGGCAAGUGGGCACUGGUAUCUCCUUUUGCAAUGCUCCAUUCUGUUUGGAGAUUAAUCCCAGCUUUCCGAGGUUAUGCCCAACAAGAUGCUCAGGAAUUCCUCUGUGAACUUUUAGAUAAAGUACAGCAGGAACUGGAAACCACUGGGACCAGAUACCCAGCUCUCAUCCCUGCUUCUCAAAGGAAACUUAUGAAACAGGUUCUGAAUGUGGUCAAUACCAUUUUUCAUGGACAGCUUUUAAGUCAGGUUACAUGUCUCGCUUGUGACAAUAAAUCAAAUACUAUAGAACCGUUCUGGGAUCUGUCACUGGAGUUUCCUGAGAGGUACCACUGCAAUGAGGAAGAAAUGGCAUCUCAGCACCCCUGUUUGCUAACAGAAAUGUUGGCCAAGUUUACAGAGACUGAAGCUUUAGAAGGAAAGAUAUAUGCAUGUGAUCAGUGCAACACAAAACGCAGGAAGUUUUCUUCCAAACCAGUAACACUCUCAGAAGCCCAGAAACAGCUUAUGGUAUGUCGACUACCUCAAGUUCUAAGACUACACCUUAAACGAUUCAGGUGGUCAGGACGCAAUCAUCGAGAGAAGAUUGGUGUACAUGUUAGCUUUGAUCAGAUACUAAAUAUGGAGCCCUACUGCUGCAGCGAAUCCCUCAAGUCCCUCUUACCCGACUGCUUUAUCUAUGACUUGUCUGCUGUGGUAAUGCAUCAUGGGAAAGGAUUUGGCUCAGGGCACUAUACUGCCUACUGCUAUAACUCAGAAGGAGGAUUUUGGGUACACUGCAAUGAUUCCAAGCUCAACAUAUGCACUAUGGGAGAAGUACGCAAGACUCAAGCUUACAUCUUGUUUUACAGCCAGCGAGUUACUCAGGCAAAUGGACACUAUAAAGUACCAUGUCCUAUCUCACCAUCUGAAAGCCAGGAGCAUACAGAAAUUGACCAUCUGAAAGAACACAGUAGCAGCUAAUCCCAAGCCAAUAUGCCAUGUACAGUAAGAGUUUAGUCAUAAAUUGCAUAUAUUUUUAAAGAAAAUUCAAGUACAGUAUUGAUUUUUUUUUUUUAAAUCAUUGGUACACUAUGUUUUACACUUUUGUACUAGCUAAAGCAAGCACUCUAUUAGUAUAAAUUUAUAUGGACAGUAGGUAACUUUCAAAGUACCUAAAAUUUCUAUAUAGCUAUUUUUUUAAGAAGUAAUUGCAAUUUGAAUUUAACUCUUACCUCAGGCUAUUUUUAAGUUCUGUUUUUAUAUUUUUAUAAUCUUUGAAUUGGUUUAGAAAAAAAUGAAUCUCAAUUUACAACUGAUUUGUCUAAUUCUGGUUAUUUUUCUAUAUAUUUUUAUACAUUUUAUAGGAUAGUUCUUACAGUAUAUUGAUUCUUACUGUCUACAGGCAUUAGUAUAAUUCUUAAUAGUUAACAUUUUACCAACAAAGAGUUUCUAGCAAAUAACAGAUAGAAGCAAAACUGUUCUUUAAAUUAUUAGGAUUCCCCUGCCUCCCAGAACACCCCUUCCCCAAAAAUCUCUCUUAAGUAAUGGAUAAAUUGGUCCUCACCAUUUUCCCCACUGGUGCCUGUGAAACAAUAUUGAAAAGAAAGAUGCCUACAAAUUCAUGUCUGAUUUUAAAUUUUACUCUUAAAAGAUUUCAGAGGGAAACAAUAGCUCGUGCUUAUUUACACAACAGUGUAUUUUCUGAAAAUGGGGGUGGGGGAAGCAGAAGUUACUAGGAUUUUGGCUGAAAUUAAGGGAUUGUAAAAUUAUUAAUUAGACAUCUAAACUCUAGGGAACAAGAUUCCUUAUCUAAAAUGGUUAAUCUUGUCAGUGAAGAAACGUGAGAAAAUCUUGGUAAGAGGUUAGGCUUCUAAAGCACAUAAAACUCAAAACAUUAUGGGUAUCUGUCUAUACAUGUCCUCUGGGAGGAGUGGGGGGUGCUUUAAUUAGAGCAGCUCUGAGCUGCUCUAAUUAAAGCACCUGCAGUGUCAUGUGUGUUCAGUGCCCCGCACUUCAAAAUGGUGUCAGGAGCACUUUAACUAAAGCUCAUUAAAUGAGCUUUAGUUAAAGCAGCCCUGCAGCCAUUGUGAAACAUGGGGAUGCUGAAUACACAUGAUGUAGAGGCUCCUGGAACGCACUAGUUAGCAUGCUCCAGCAGACUCGAUCCUAGCAUGCUCCCAUGCAUGCUAAUUGGCACAUUCAGAGCAGGGCUCCAUCAUGUGUAUAGGUGCUCCACAUUUCCAGGUUUAAAACUGUUUAAACAUGGUAAAUUAACUGCACUAAAAUUGAACUUGCAUAAAUGAUAUAGAGUGUAAUCUUCUACAUUUUGAUUUAUGCUUCAAUAUCUCUAACUCUCAUACUUUGUUUCAUUUUUCUUACUGUUAGUAUUAGUUUUCUGUGCAUUCAGGAGAAUUUACUGGGCCUGAAGCCUGUGCCUAAUAAAAAGUCAACUUUUCCCUUUAUUGUCUAGCUAAUGUCAAGAUUAGUUGUUUGUGGUGCAAGAUUAUUUCUCAUAAAACCUAUGCAAAUAGUUACCUCACCUGUUAGAAAAUUACCUCAAACACAUGCAUAUGUACAUACACACAGUGUGGAAAGCAACUGUUUUACUGAGAUUUUAAUUCUGAUUACUUGUAUCUAGUUUCAAUUAUAAAACAGCACCAGGUAUAAAUCAUCUUUUACUGGAAUAACUACUGAAGGAAAAUAAAGCAUUAAAACUGUAGGUAGGUAAAGAGCUCUGAAGCAUUGCACACUUUUCUUCUUCUACCACUGUCUGUAAAAUUAAUGGAUUAAAUAUGGUACCCUGAUACUUCAACUUUUGUGUGUCUUGGUUUUGAGGUAAGAGUUGGUUUUGUACUACCACUGUAGUAAAUGAAGCACCUUCCACAUAAACUUGAUAGAAACAGCAGAGCAGGCUGGAUUUCAUGGCCUCUCUGGUUUUCUUGUUAUGAUUAUUCCUACCUCUUGUGCAAUCAGAAUAGCAGUUCAGUAUUUCCUAUAAGACCAAAUCUCCCCUGCUGUUACCUUGAGGGGUUCAGAAGGUGUCAGGGCUUUGCCCCAUAUGGAACUAAUUCCCUAACCCCUUUAAACAGUGUGCAUUUUGGUCUGUUGCUUGCACUGUGUGAAUGCCAUUUCAUAUCUGCUCUCAGCCUUUAUAUACAUGCAAGUAGAGAAAAAAAUCUCAGACAGAAUGGCUGCUAGGGCCCCUGUAGUCCAUAAAAGAAAAAGAAAAAAAAAAAAAUCAGAUGUUGGGACUCACUCCUUCAGAGCUAAGCAACGGUGACAGUAUUUCAGCCAUCCAGGUUCCUGAGUGGAUAAGCAAAUCCCUUUGGGAGGAAUUUCAUUCUUCAACAAGAAUGAAUAGGUUCCUCUUCGGUGAUUAGCAAGGGAAAAGCCUAAUAACUGGAGAGGAAUUGCAAAAGUCAGUUCAUAUUUCCCCCUCCAUACCAAUAACUACCACAAUACAAGACCUCAAAGACAAAUGGAAUAAAUGAAAUAAAUAGGGGAGAAUUUCAUAGUUUCUAGGGUCGGAAGGGACCUGGGCAGAUCAUCUAGUCCGACCCCCUGCCAUGGCAGG